UUUCUCUCUCUCUCUCUCUCUCCUCUCUUUCCAUUUCUCGUCCAUUGCUCGCUCUCCUCUGUCAGCGAGACGGACUCUCCUCCUUCGGCGCUUUCCUUGGCGUAAUACAGCUCGUGCAGCUCACUUUAAUGACAAUGCAUACAACCGCAGACAACAUACCACCCAACCCCAUUCGUCGGCAUCGUCGCAGUCUCUCCGCGACUACACCCUCCCGAACGCCCGACACAGAUCUCUUCUCAACCAACAAACAUAACCUCAAGCACAGAGUCAACAACUCGGUGUCUGUACUCGACCUGCGACUACCGGCCUGGGGGCCUGUUCCUUCCUACAGAUCACAUAGGAAUGAGACCAUGGAUCCUGCCCUCAGUCCAAGGUUGCAUAUGACCUUAGCCGUAGCAGACACAUGUGCGCCCCGGAUGUUUGAGCGUAACCUCAACUUGCCACACCCUGUUGACACCACCACUACUGCUCUCAUUACCAAACUCACCUCAUCCCAGCCCUGUUCAUCGUCUCAAUACCCACCCUGUCCACAAAACAGCCCUCAGCAACUGAAUCCAGGCAGACGACAGUCGAUUUUCAUAGGGAAAGGUGUACUUGGUCAAGAUUCACGUCUUACCAUGGAGCAGUUUGAACGAUGUAUUGAGCUGUGUUGUGCGCAUAUGAGGUCCCGAGAAAUAAGUGGUUCGUCCCCCUGUGUCGAAACCCCAAAGUCCUCUAUGGAGAAAACCUCUUCAGCUAACCUUGCGGAACUGAUUGCGAGGUUGGCAGCCGAUCCUCGUCUAAAGGUAGUCGAACCCCGUCCAAAGACCCCUCCCUUGUCGCCAUUCGAAAAGGACCUUCGCCAUCUGGCAGAACCCAGCUGCGCCUUUAUCGUCGAGACGCACCGCUCUUCAAGCGAAACCUUCCCUACAAAGAUCCCAAGGCGCGUCAAAUCAAAGGAACAGACCUCUCGCAAGCAUAGACCACCUUGCAUCAACACUAUUCAGACUAAAGAUACACCAACGCAUUCUUCACAGAACGAUAUCCUGAGAGCACUGUCCGUCGAGAGACUACUGGAAUUACUUUUCGCGAUCAUCUCACGAGCGCCUUCACCGUCGGCACCGAUUCUAUGGGUAGACCAUCUCGAGCGCUUGCGCAGCAAGACAGUCCCAAAUCCUCAAAGUUCUCCUCCCCCGCAAAGCCAGCGUAUAAUCGACCUUGUUCUGAAAGCAUCAUGUACCUGGAUCGACCUGUCCGUGGCCUCCAGGAACAUCCAUGCCUCGCUCAACACCGAGUCUCCUCUCCACACUGGCUUCAACAGCUGCAGUACCGCAUCCAGGGAUGACUCGAGCGCCAUAAUAUCUGAAACACUGAAAAAAGUGGUCGAGAAGCUACUGCCUUGCGUAUCCUCUUGGUUUCGGUGCCCGAGUCCAAGUCCCUAUGCUAUACUUGACAACAGCUUCCAGAAUAGGUACAUGUCCGAGCAUCAACCCGUUGAUCCUCCCUUGACAAUGGACGAGGCCUUGAAGACGACAACCGACCCGGAUGUAGAUACUGCUUUUGAAGCCAUGCUCCGCGCAUACAGGAUGUUCUCACACCCUAACUCUACAAACAAGGACCGUCGCGAUGGACAGGGCUCACUGCUAUCGAGUGGCCCCCAAGUCGUUCUCAAGAGAAAUACAACAUUCGGUGUCCAAUCACUCUCCCUUCCUCCCUGGCGAAAAGAAAUUCUGAGAGAAAUCCAGCCCGAUACCCCAAGGAUAUUACUGCAUGCACGGUGUUCCAAGCGUACUCGGCAAUAUGUCUCAUCGCACAUGAAAGAAAAGCGGUCCCGCCGCAUCUCAUCGAUGGCCACGACCGCAACGGUUUUAUCAGACGCUGUAAACCCCAUGGCUCAAGAACAAGAAAACCAAGCGCCGUCUUCUCUCUGCCCUUCCACAAAUGGAUCGUUAGUAGCUAUGACCUAUACCAGUACAUUGUCAUCGGGUGAGAAUGACUCUGCCUGCCAUUCCUCUGCAGAGAUAGACUUUAUAAGUCAAGCGCUUUCAUCAAGUGGCGAUAGGUCACACAGGGUAUCUGCCAUCGUCCAACAACCUCUCAAGACUCCUCUCCGCAAUGCUGAGCAAAACAUUCAGUCGCUGCUCACCUAUCGCAAGCACACCGCCUCCCCGUCCCCUAGGAGUUUUAAACUGUCGAACUCCUCGCCGAACCCACGACCUGUGGAGACCUCACAGGUCGAUGUGCGAUCUAUAUCCGGCCUCUCCAAGGAUUCCUCCUACAACUACAAGACAUCAUACUGGCAGCACCGCUCCAGAGAGCAAACGCGUCGCAAACUUGAAGCGAAUGGCUGCAUGGAGCCCAAGAGACUUGCACAGCCGGUCAAGGUGGGGUCGGUUGCCACACAGCCACAGAGCCCAGCGCGACCUCGACAUUCUGUCACGGCUAUGGGCAGCCCUACCUUCGUCCCCGUUGAGUGUAUUGUCCCUCCUACCCCCACCAGACGCCACUGGCCCAAGAUUACCGACUUUGCGGACGCCCCGGAUGCUGUCAAAAAUAUCCGGUCGGCCUCGGACCUGCGAACCCUGGCAGUCGAUCUGGCGCGUGUACAGAAACCCCACGGCAGCACUACCUCACUGCUCAGUCCUGCGUUGUCUGAAGAGGGCGCCCGAGGAUCUCCAGGGCUCAUCGCCGAUAAGGAGAAUGCUGUACCCGUCAGUACCAACGUUUCUACGCCUGACAAUACCAAUACAUUCAGCAAGGAACCGAAACGGCGGCCUCCCCCCUUCAACCUUGAAGCAUCCCAGCUCUCAGAAUCCAAAAAGUCGACUGUCACAACGGCCCUGUCGCCCACGACGGCUACCUCGUUCAUCACCAAAGUGUCCACGCCCAUACCUUGUCCGAGUCCGCUGCCGCAGCAACCCCGCGUCGUCUCGGACGUUGAUACAGAGAGCACGCUGAACAUCAGCAAGAAAAACCGGCGGAUCUGGGAACGACCAAUCCAGGUCCUCAAGCGGAAGCCAAACACCGCACCCGCACUUACCAAGAGCACGGUUGCUUCGCCUGUCGGCGGCUACUCUACUGGCCCUGCGAAGACUGCCGCUGUGUCUUCACCUAUCUCGGUCCCAAGAGGACCGACGUCAAACAUUCCAGGGCGUACUCGGCGCAAUAGUCUGGGUCACGACGUUAGGCGGAGCCCCAACAGUACCAGCAACAACAGCAACAAAUCGAGAAGCAGUGUCCGCAAUGGUAGUUCUGGUCUUCCAAGCCUCGGGUCAGAGUCUAUGUCCAUGUCCUUGCCCGGAUCCAUGUCCUUGCCCGGGUCUCUCGAUUUUGAUUGCAGCAUCCCAUCUAUCCCUUUCAAGGAAGACUACAUGUCCCUGUCCUCUCCCCAAUCGGGUUCACUGCUCUGGUCCUCUCCACUGCCGCUCCCAUCGUCGCCCCUGACGAUCAGCGGGAUCCAAGACCCGAAGCAGCGACUUUCUGCGACCGAACCGUCCUCUCCUGCAUCCCCAACCGUGCCCUCUACGACCACGAUCCGCAGGAAGAAGAGCAUCCACGAGAAGCUGUUUGGGAAAUGGAACAAGAAGACGACCACGCCCGAUCCAUCUCCUUCUUUGCCAAUAGGCGCCCUUAGAUCCCCCACGUUCCCAGGAUCGACUUCGCCCCUUGUCAGCGGCCUAAGCGAUGGCUGUAACAAUCGAUACGACGCGUUCAUGUACGACUGGAACCGGUCGACCAAGUCCCUGCUGAUUAACGAUAACGAUCUUUAUGAAGACCAUGAUGAGCUAACGUCCAAUUACCGCUCCGAGAUCAAGGACUAUGGAGGACAAAGUCGGCAACAACCAUACCAGCCACGAUUGCGCUCUCCGUCACCGCCCCCGUCGCCGUCUCCAUCAGCCUCCCCAUCGGCCUCGUUGUCAAGGGCAUCACUGAAACCGCGUGGACGAUCUCAGAUGAAGGUUGCGGAGCGGUCACAUGAGGAGAUCUGGGCACAUCUGAUGGUGGGAUCCAUCGAUGCUGAAUCCCUUCCCUGGAAGCAGAACGGCCCGCUCCCCCGUUCUCCCUCCAGUCCCUCGUGGGCCUCUCCUUCUUCUUCCCCGGCGGCUAUUGUGGGUAAUACAUAUGGACGACAGCAGCAGCAGAUGCAGACGCAGGUGCAGACGCAGACGCAGGUGCAGACGCAGACGCAGACGCAAGCGCAGCGGUCGAGAGGCGGAUACUCCAGUGACGACAACGAGAACAAGGGCAGGAACGACAACAACGACGACGACGACGUCGUCGACGAUGGCACGGGAGGCGAGAGGGCAUAAUGGGGUGAUUGCGAUGGCGAGAGAGAGGAGGAAGGGUACGCUGACGAGGACGGAUUCGGAGGAGUAUAUCUGGAGGGUGAUGGAACAAUGGCAAGCAUGGAGUGCGGCACAUUAUCGAGCAUAGGUCCUCUCUUUUUUCCUUUUUAUUUCUGGGGAGAGAGGGAGGAAUUGGUUUUUUUCCUUAUAUUUUUUUUAAUAGAUAUGCAUGCACAAUAGACAUAGAGGACUUUUUUUCUACAGCAUUUUUCUUUUCUUUUUUUUUCAUUUCUACACAUCAAGGACAAUAAGCGAAAACUAAAUAGAAGCCGUGGUUUGCGACGGCACAAGGAAGGAGUAUCGAAAAAAAAAAAACUAUACCCAUUUUUUUGCUGUUUGCAAUAAAGCCGGAGAGAUGUGUUUGGGUGACGAUGUGUGUGACAAACAACC